AUGCCAGCGAAGAAAGGCAAAAACUACUCAAACAAGACCGCAGUCGCUAACAAGACCACAUUUGACGUUCUGGUCACUGGCUUCGAAAUGUGGUCCGGUCAUCCAAACGAGCCAAAUCCUUCACAGCUCAUAACAGCAGAUCUCCCAAGGAAGAUUGAGAUCAAGCAACCGGGCAACGCAACCAUCAAUGUCUCUGUAAACUUCAGCAACGAGCCGGUACCCGUGAACUUCGCAGGUAUCGAUGCUCUUGUGCCAAGGCUGUUCGAAGCCAAACGAUACGAUUUUGUCAUUCAUACUGGAGUCGCACCUAGUAUCAAAUGGUAUGAGAUUGAGACAUCUGCCAGGAGAUCUGGUUACAAAACCAAGACCGACUUUGGCGAAAAGCCUCCCGGCGAGGAGCAUCCAGGGUAUGGCGGCCGGGAAGAACCUGUUCGGUUUGAGACAUGCGUGUUGGACCUUGGCGUCGAAACCGUCCUGAAGUCAUGGAAGGAACAGUGCACGCUCAAGGAUGCAGAUUUGCGUAUCUCACGGGACGCUGGCUUAUUUGUGUGUGAGUAUAUCACGUAUGCGAGCUUGGCUUAUCUGCGCUACAACAAAAAUCACUUACUACCACCUGAUGAGCAGACAGGAGUGGCAUUUCUACACGCUCCUGCGAAUGGAAGCGAAGGAAUGGUACGGAGAGGAAAGGAGGUAUAUAUUGCUUUGAUCAAAGCCUUGAUACUAUCAAAACUUGGCCACUGA